AUGCAGGUCAUCCCCGCAGCGUUGCUUGGUCGUAAUGUGUUGGCCAACGCACAGACCGGAUCCGGCAAAACCGUGGCCUUCUUGAUUCCGAUAAUCGCGCAUGCUUGGUCGUUAUCUCAGUUCCACAAGGGUGAAGGAGGUCCUUAUGUGGUGAUUAUGGCACCCACAAGGGAGCUGUGCAUGCAGAUCGAAGAUCAAGCAAAAAAGUUGAUAAAGGGUUUGGUCAAUAUGAGGACGGCUCUUGUGGUCGGUGGAUUACCGAUGCCCAAUCAAGUUCAUCGCCUUAAGAAAGGGGUGCAAAUAGCCAUCGUUACCCCCGGGCGAUUUCUGGACGUAAUUAAUCAACACGAAGAGCUCAACAUGAACAACAUACACAUCCUUGUCAUAGAUGAAGUUGACAUGAUGUUCAAAAUGGGAUUUGUAAAACAGGUCACCGGAAUAUUGGAAAAGAUGCCUUUGUCUUCGACAAACGCAUACCGUCAGACCCUCAUGUUUUCUGCAACGAUUCCGGAGAAUGUUGAGAGGCUCGCAAAUUCGAUGCUUCGCGAUCCCAUUCGUAUCACGAUCGGCGAUCACUCUAGAAAGGAUUCAAUUUAUGAAGGAGGUUCCAAGAAUUCUCUGCCGAUCAUUCCGGUGAAACAAACGAUACUUUGGGUGGAGAAUAAGUCGAAGAAGAAACAAUUGUUCUCACUUUUAAACGAUCCAAAAUAUUUUAGGCCACCGAUAGUGGUUUUUGUGGAAUCCAAGUUGGGAGCAGAUUUAUUAUCUCAAGCGAUCGAAAAAAAAUGUGGCGCAAGGUCCUUGAGUUUGCAUGGUGACAAACCGCAGGUGGAGAGAACCCGAAUUCUCCAAUCAUUCUUAAACGGAGAAUUUGAAGUAAUUGUGGCCACCGGGAUCUUAAGUAGAGGAUUAGAUUUACCUGAUGUCAACAUGAUAGUGAACUUCGACAUGGCUUCAACGGUCGGUGAAUAUGUUCAUCAAGUUGGUCGCGUCGGAGGCGUGACCAAUCAAGGUUGGGCGAUCACUUUUAUCAAUGAGGUACGAAAGAAAUUUUGA